GAGCAUUGUGUCUGGUUUCACACAGGCAGACUGACCCUCUCUCUCCGGGGACACUGACAGCGCUCUCCACGGAGAGACACACAGACACAGACAGCACAGAGAGAGAGAGAGAGAGAGAGAGAGAGAGGGAGGGAGAGGGAGGGAGAGAGAGAAAGGGGGGGAGAUAGUGGUGAAAGUGAGAGAAGAGAGGAUCAAUAACGAGGGCUGAGACGUUCUCCAAAUCAGUUUUUUUCUUUCAUUUUUUAAGAGUGAAGGGGGAAAAGACGCAGAGAAAUGGUGUAACAUCUAGUCGGGAAGAAGGUGGGGAUUGCAGAAGGCACGUUUUUAGGGGGGGAAGAGAGAAAGGCUGCCACCACAAGGAUCUGUAUAUUUUGAAGGGAACAACUCCUUUUGGCUGAGAAGACACAGAGAGAGAGAGAGGGAUCGGAGAGAGAAAGGGAGACUCCUGGACUGAUUAACAUUCACGGCAGAAGAAACCACAGCAGCUGAAAUCAGAGAAGAAUGAGAUUAUUCACAAGGGCCAACUACUCUGCACUGAGCUGGGCCGUUACUGCCAGCAACCUGUAGCUUGUCCAGCUCCUCUUUACCAGCCAAACAAACACAUACCAAGAACCACGUCAUCUGACCGUGACAUCAGUUGGAAGGGGAUGACUGAGCACAUUCAUAACAUCAACGUCCACAACUUCAGCAAUUCCGUCCUCAAGACCCUAAAUGAGCAGCGCAACCGCGGGCACUUCUGUGAUGUGACCAUUCGGAUCCAUGGGAGCAUGCUUCGAGCCCACCGCUGCGUGCUGGCAGCCGGGAGCCCCUUCUUCCAGGACAAGCUGCUCCUGGGCUACAGCGACAUCGAGAUCCCCUCCGUGGUCUCGGUGCAGUCCAUCCAAAAGCUGAUCGACUUCAUGUACAGCGGCCUGCUGCGGGUCUCCCAGUCCGAGGCCCUGCAGAUCCUGACCGCAGCCAGCAUCCUGCAGAUCAAGACCGCCAUCGAUGAGUGCACGCGCAUCGUCUCUCAGAACGUCGGCUCGAGCGGGGCCAGGGGGUUCCCACUCAACUCCGGGGAGACGGUGGAUCUUAAGGCCCGAGGGACCCCGGAGUCUGAUGGGUCCUGUCCCGGGAGCGACAUCGAGCCCAUCUACAUGCACAUCCACUCCAAACAGGGCCUGGAGCACAAGUCCCUCUUCUCCUCCUCCGGCCUCUCCCUGCAGAAUGGCUCCCAGGACCAGCCUUACUGCGGGGGGGGCAUCCCGGGCGACAACAGCCCCUCCCUCUCCCUCCAAAAAGAGCAGCACAGGCAGGACCCCAUCCAUGAGAGCACGCAGCAGCAGAUGGAGAGACUCCUCUGCAGCCCUGAGACCACCCACUGCCGAAAGCAGUCCCGGCCUGUGCGCAUCCAGACUGACAGCGUCGACGCCGUACAGGACGCGGACGAAGACUAUGACUGUUUCGGAGAAGAGCCGAUGCAGGGCCUGGAGCACAAGGAGGAGGAGGAGCCGGUGGAUGUCACCGACCCGAUAGAGAGCGGGGAGAGCGAGCCCAAAGGUGAGAGCUUCGACUCGGGCAUGAGCUCGUCCAUCAGCACCGAGCCCGACUCCGUGGAGCAGCAGUUCGUGGUGGGCUUCGCCCGAGACGGGGGCGCGGACGGCGCGCAUGCAGAGGUGACAGAACUGCUCUGGGAGCACCCAGCGCAAACCGACAUGAAAGACUCCCCGGAGCAGACAGACGAUGGCGAAGACGGCGGCGUGCCCCAGAGCAACAUCAACGACAAGAUGGUGCUGCAGCAUCCCAUGAGCCCGGUCAUAUCCAAGCUGAUGCCCAACCCCCAGCAAUACCUGCGGCAGCCCGCCUCUCUCGCCAGCAACCUGCGGAUGCCCCUCACCAUGACCAGCAACACCCAGGUCAUCAGCACCACCGGAAACUCUUACCUGCCCACCCUCUUCGCGACGCAGUCGGCCGGAAGCACCAAGCCAGUGCUCUUCAGCCUGCCGCAGGCUCUGGGGACCCAGCAGAACCAGUACGUGACCGUCCCUCCUCCCAGCAUCCCUCCAUACACCACCCAGCUGCUGACCCAGCAGGCUUCAGCACAGAAAACAGGCCAGGCUGGUGGAGCCACCGGACAGGGAGAGAAGAGGCCGUACGAGUGCCCCCUGUGCAGCAAGACCUUUACCGCUAAACAGAACUAUGUCAAGCACAUGUUUGUGCACACCGGUCAGAAACCACACCAGUGCAACAUCUGCUGGCGAUCUUUUUCCCUGAAGGAUUAUCUAAUAAAACACAUGGUGACGCACACGGGGGUGCGUGCCUACCAGUGCAGCAUCUGCAACAAGCGCUUCACCCAGAAGAGCUCCCUAAACGUCCACAUGCGCCUGCACCACAAAGAGAAGUCUUACGAGUGCUACGUCUGCAAGAAGAAGUUCUCCCACGAGACUCUGCUGGGGAGGCACAUGGCCCUGCACAAUGCAGAGAGUGGCGGGGGGGGCCCAGGAGGGGCCGCCGCCAUCAAGGCUGGGGGGCCCGUCCCAGUCCCCGUGGUGGUGGGAGCCCCUGAGGCCGGUCCCGGAGACGGGACAGGUAUAGGUAUGGAAAUUGCAGAGGCUCCUAUUACUGGCUGCUAAGAGUGGAUCACUGAGGUGUUCUUUGUUCGCCCAAUCAAAUUCAACCAAAUUGAGCAUUUCAGUGACCAUCUGCACAUGCAUGCCUCAGAUUGUAGGAAAGACCUCUUCAGAAGAGCAGAAAUGAAUAAAUAAGUAAAAAAGAGCACGAAGAGGUACACAUAUAGACACUGACACAUUAGGUUUUCCAGAGUUUUCUUUUGAGUGUUCUUAAAGAAGCAAAUUGAUGGUGGCCUUAAGGCUAUGUAGUCUGUAAUUGGUCCACAGGUUGGACCUUGAUUACUGGCCUCUAACUAUAUGUUUUCCUUUAUUGCUGAUUCAUAUGUCAAGCAUGACAUAAAGGGCCACUAUCUCCUGAAAUCUAACAGGCACAUAAACACACACAUGCUUGCGCUCACACUCAUGCGCACUUACAAGCAUGCACACACACAUAUGCACUCACAAACACGCACAAUCACUCACACACAUGUACUCAAACACACACACACACAUAC